AUGGCCUCUCAGGUUCAAGAGUCCAUCCUCCCAUCGCUCUCCACUGACCUCGUCGCUACCCUAGUGAGCCCCGAGGUCUCCGCUGUGCUCGUCCAGGACGCCGACUCACACCACUCGGCCUACGUGUUUGGCAAGACUUUUGUCGAUAGCCAGGACAGCAGUGCCGCCGACCAAGCGCUUCUUCGCAACGACUUUCUCACCAAGGUCGUCGAUCCCUCGCUCCUAUCCGCCUCGCUCUCCAAGGCGACUCGCUCGAUUGCCCGACCUAACUCGGUCGCCAAAGCCUCGGCCGCCGAGAUCCAAGAGCUUUACGACAACCUUCGCAUCGUUCCCCUCGUCCCCGAUGGCGAGUUCAACCCCUAUGCACCCAACAAUCUCAAGGGGAAGCGCGGCGCCAUCAACACCAACGAAGAGAUUCAGCGCAUCCGAUGGAUGGCCUACGCCGUCAAGGCGCUCGUCAUCCGCUUCUGGGCUCUGCUGAGAAAGGCCGACUCUGCCGACAUCUUUGUCAUGCUCUCGGCCUACAUCCUCAUGCACGGCACCUUUGUCAACCUCUUUCUCUCGAUGCGCAAGUUUGGCAGCAACUUUUGGCUCGGCGCUUCGGUGCUCAUGUCGUCCAUCUUUGCCUUCCUCCUCGCCAUCACUUUUGCAUCCUUGCUCGGUGUUACGGUCGAUCCCAUCUGUCUCUCCGAGGCGUUGCCUUUCCUCGUCAUCCUCGUCGGCUUCGAAAAGCCCUACCUGCUCACCCGCGCCAUUUUCACGCAUCCCGAGAUCACGCCUUCUACCAUGUCGCUCUCCAGCAGAGAGCGCUCCGAGCUCAUCCUCAGCAACCUCGACCAGGCUGCCAAACCAGAGAUUGGAACGCUGGGCAAGACGCCGGCGGCUGCUGCCAACGGUGCGGUGGCCAUGUCGCGCGAGGAGUCGUUUGUGCGUGCCUUGACCGCACGACUCAAGAGCGAGGACAGCCUGCGCUGGGCUGAGCCCACCCCCAUGCCUGCUCACGAGAUUGUCGUGUCUGCUGUCAACCGCGUCGGCGUUCCCAUCAUCCGCGACUAUCUCAUCGAGAUUGCUGUCAUGGCUGUCGGUGCCACCAGCGGUGUCAGCGGGCUUCGCGAAUUCUGCCAGCUCGCCGCUCUCAUUCUCCUCUUUGACUGCAUCUUCCUGUUCGCGUUCUACGUCUCCAUUCUUACCGUCAUGGUGGAAGUGCACCGCAUCAAAGUCAAGCGCGGCGUCCGCAAGCCCAAGGUCAGCGCAGAGCUUAGCCUCGAUCCCGACUCGGCGCCCGCCAGCCCACUUUCGGACAGCUCUACCUCGCGAGACUCGAGCCCCACGCCUUCGAGCCGACCUCUGUGGAAGAAGGCGCUCCACGCCGUGUUUGGCUCUGCGCCCUCGGACAAGCGUCGCAAGUCGGAGAACCCGCUCGGUCGUCUGAAGCUGCUGCUUAUCACUUCGUUCCUUGUUCUGCACUCGUUCAACUUGAUCUCGACACUCACCCGCCAAUCGGCCAUCACGCGCCACCACGCCACCUACGAGCCCUCACCCUACCAGAUCGUGGCCGAACAGUCGCCCAUCUUUGGCCCUGCAGCUUCCUCGGCCAUCGCUCCUCUUCUCGCUCAGCUCUCGCAGUCGCAGCCCGGAGACGUCGACCUUGUCGCCCGCAUCUCGGAGCCUGUCAUCCUUGUGCUGCUCGAGGCUAACCAUGUUGUGUCGUCUUCGCGAAGCACCCUCGCGAACGCCGCCCUCAACGCGUCCGGAGUUUACGCGCAGGUCACUUCUGCCGGAGUGCGCCCCGUUCCCGUCGGCCGUGCAAGCUCGUCGCUCGCCGUCCUCGACAGCCUCAUGAGCGGCUGGACCGUUAUCGUUGGCGAUCCCGUCAUCAGCAAGUGGAUGUCUCUGGCCCUCGGUAUUAGCAUUUUCCUCAACGCAUACCUGCUCAAGGGGAUCGCCACUGGCAAUGCAGCUCUUUCCGAGGGCAACGCAGCAGGUGCCGCCGCCUACGCCGCCGCGCGCUUCAUCGGCGCUCAUCUGGACAGCGAAGCCAAGGCCAUCGAGGAGCACACUGAUCGUCUCAGCAGGAAGUGGAACGCACGCGCAGAGAAUGGCAGACCGGCGGUUCAGACUCGCGGCCACAGCGCCGACGGCAUCUCGGAAUACCACAAUCGACUCGCCAAGCUCUCUGCUGCUCACGUCUCGGCUCCGCUCUCCAAGCUGACCCGAGAAAACGACAAGUUGACGUCCAAGGAUGCUUCGACCAACGGUGCCGGCGCCAACGCCGUGCCCGCUGACGCUAUCAAGCCUGAUGCUAUGGACGCUGUCAAGAAGCCGGAAGUUGCGCCCAGCUCGGACGGCGACGGUGCCGUUUCCACUCCCGGACAGCGUGGACAGCAAAUUCGUCUGCAAGACGCAACCUACGUCGGCCCUGACGGCGAGGCGGUCGUUCGCCCUCUCGAGGAGCUGGUCGAGAUCUACGCAGGUGGUGCUGGUGUCUUUUUCCUCACCGACGAAGAGGUCAUCACUCUCAGUCAGAACGGCAAGAUUGCAGCUUACGCCUUGGAAAAGGUGCUCCAGGAUCAUGAGCGAGCGGUGCGUGUCCGCCGAGCUCUCGUUUCGCGUGCUUCGUCCACUCGAACGCUCGAGACCUCGCUGCUGCCUCACCGUGACUACGACUAUGGCAAGGUUAUGGGAGCCUGUUGCGAGAACGUGGUUGGCUACAUGCCCAUCCCUCUUGGUAUUGCCGGCCCGCUCAACAUCGACGGCCAGAUCAUGCCCAUUCCCAUGGCUACGACUGAGGGCACACUGGUGGCUUCGACUUCGCGCGGGUGCAAGGCUCUCAAUGCUGGAGGUGGCGUCACGACAGUGCUCACGCAGGAUGCCAUGACUCGUGGACCGGCGCUCGAGUUCCCUAGCGUCGUUCAGGCGGCCAAGGCCAAGCGCUGGAUCGACUCGCAGGAAGGUGCCUCGGCGAUCAAGGCUGCCUUUGACUCGACUUCGCGAUUCGCCCGUCUCUCGUCGCUGCGUUGCGUGCUGGCCGGUCGAACGCUGUAUGUGCGAUUUGCCACGUCGACCGGUGACGCCAUGGGUAUGAACAUGAUUUCAAAGGGCGUCGAAAAGGCGCUCGCCCUGAUGACCGAGUCGCAGUUCCCAGACAUGAAGGUGCUCUCGCUGUCCGGCAACUACUGUACAGACAAGAAGCCGGCUGCGAUCAACUGGAUCGAGGGCCGAGGCAAGAGCGUCGUGGCCGAAGCGGUUGUGCCCGGUAGUGUGGUGCGCUCGGUGCUCAAGUGUACCGUUCGCGAUCUAGUCAACCUCAACACCAAGAAGAACCUAAUCGGUUCUGCCAUGGCUGGUUCCGUCGGUGGAUUCAAUGCGCACGCUGCCAACAUCUUGACCGCCAUCUACCUCGCCACGGGUCAGGAUCCCGCGCAGAACGUCGAGUCGUCCAACUGCAUUACGCUCAUGGAGGCUGUCAACGACGAUCAGGAUCUUUUGAUCACCGUUUCGAUGCCGAGCAUCGAGGUGGGUACCGUGGGCGGCGGAACGGUCUUGCCACCGCAGCGAUCCAUGUUGGAGAUGAUGGGUAUUGCUGGAGCACACCCGACGACGCCGGGAGCCAACGCACAGAGGCUGGCACGCAUCAUUGCAGCUUCGGUUAUGGCCGGUGAGCUGUCGUUGAUGGGUGCGUUGUGUGCUGGACACCUGAUCCAGGCGCACAUGAAGCACAACCGUUCAGUACCCUCGACGCCGGGCACGAUGACGCCGUUGCCGCGGCCCGAGACGCCCAAGCACUUUGCUGCGUCAAUGACGCCGCUGGUGGCGCCGUCGGUUGGGCAGUCGAAUCGAGGCUCACCGACGGGCACACGGACCAUGUCGAUGACCAACCUUUCGAUCCCUGCGUCGGAUAGCACCGGGCGAAAGCUGUCUCUUCAAUAG